UGUUCUACCGCCGGAUGAAACUGAUGGUCCGUCAGUAUCUGUUGGCAUUUAGGAUGAGUCAUACGACAAGUCCCAUAAAAUCAAAUCCAACGACUGUUUCCCUUCAUUUCAUUCCCAAAAGGUCAUUAAACUAGGAGACAAAACACACGUAAUAUGCUCAUCAAAGUAAAGACGUUGACUGGCAAAGAGAUUGAAAUCGACAUCGAGCCAAAUGAUAAAAUUACCAGAAUCAAAGAGCGGGUUGAGGAAAAGGAGGGUAUACCUCCGGCGCAACAACGAUUGAUUUUUGGUGGCAAGCAAAUGGCUGAUGAGAAGACCGCUACGGACUACAACAUCGAGGCUGGAUCGGUACUACAUUUGGUAUUAGCGCUUCGUGGGGGACGGAUGUAAUUUCAAGAUUUGGAAUAAAUUACUACGGUGCGGAAAAGGAUAGGCAAUAUGCCUUUCUUUAUUUUGCAAUGCGGUAGAUCAUAUUUGAUGGGAUA